AGUUCGGGAGUCGCCCGCUCUCUAGAAGAUGGCUCCACGGGGCCAAACUGAUGGCCCAUCCCAUUGUAGCCGUGCUCUAUUAUAUACAAGCACACUACUACUCUCCCACGCCAGUGGCGCAGGCCGCACCGGGGCCUCUCACAUCUGGAUGCCGGUCUCUGUUCCAUGUGCUUCCCUGCCCGCCUCGGUCCGUACGCCAGUCCCGGCGCCCCCUGAUCUUGGGUCCCAGUCUCCGUACCAUAUGCAUCCCGUACGUGCUCAUUUUCGGUGACUUCCUAUAGUGCCCCCAUGCGCUCAUCGCUCGCUCGGUCUGCACGCCAGUCCUGACGCCCCUUGGAUUCGGGUCUCGAUCUCCGUUCCAUGCGUGCUCCGUGCAAGCGCCUCACUCGGCUUUUCUUCGGCGCUCCACGUGCUGUGGCUGUGCCGCUUCAUCGGACUGCCAGCCUGUCUCGCUCGGCAUCUGCUCGGCCUGCCCUUUGACGCCCUGCUCCACCCUCGCCUCGCUGGUAGGCCCACCUCACGCAGUGCCCGCCCCCUGCGCCUGGUGUCUUGUAUCACCGCAGUGACGCCCCGCGGUCAACGCUCUGACCCUCACCCUCCUGCCCUCAACCUCCUGAUCCC